CGGCCUCGUCACAAUCCACAAUCCCCAAUCCCCAGAUUAGCUUACUCCGGAAUACCGACCGACUGACCGACCGAUCGCUUGUACGUACUUAGCUCUGCUCUGCUGGCUUUCUUUUCUACCCAAUUCUAUCUUUCUUAUUCUUUCGAGACCCAUAUCUCUGCUUUUUGUUCACCACACGAUCUUCUUCUUUCCUCUUUCCUCCUCCUACCACCCUCCCUCCCUGACACUCAUCUUAUCUUUCGAACAUCUUCCUUUCCGCCAUGUCGACCACAUCCACAUCAACAUCGGCCUCGCCUCCGAUCCCAGAGGUUGUCCCCGUCCCAGAAAUCAAGCCCGUCAACCAAACAAUCGCACAGAUCCGCUCCCUCGUAGCGGGUGGUGUGGGCGGUGUGUGCGCCGUCGUCGUCGGUCAUCCUUUCGAUUUGGUCAAGGUGCGGUUGCAGACAGCAGAACGGGGCGUCUACGCAGGUGCUAUAGAUGUGGUCAAGAAGACGGUCGCACGCGAAGGUCUUGCUCGUGGAUUGUACGCGGGUGUUUCAGCUCCCCUGGUGGGAGUGACGCCUAUGUUUGCUGUUAGCUUUUGGGGUUACGAUGUAGGAAAAACGCUUGUCGGCAAGUUGUCCACCGUAGAGGUGAAGCACAACACUCCUCAAUACACCAUCGGCCAGAUCUCUGCGGCGGGUUUCUUCUCGGCGAUUCCCAUGACUCUGAUCACGGCUCCCUUCGAGCGCGUUAAGGUGCUUCUUCAGAUUCAGGGUCAAAACCCGCCUCCGCCGGGCCAGAAGCCCAAGUACUCGGGCGGCUUGGAUGUGGUUCGCCAACUGUACAAAGAGGGGGGCAUUCGCAGUGUGUUCCGUGGCAGCGCGAUGACUCUGGCCCGUGAUGGACCCGGUUCCGCGGCGUACUUCGCCGCGUACGAGUACAUCAAGCGGACGUUGACGCCCAAGGACGAGCAGGGACGCGUCACGGGCGAGUUGUCGAUGACCGCUGUGCUGGCCGCAGGCGGAGCUGCUGGAAUCGCCAUGUGGAUUCCGGUCUUCCCCGUCGAUACCGUCAAGUCUCGCCUGCAGAGUGCCCCCGGUCGGCCCACGAUCGGCGGAACCAUUCGCGCUGUCUAUGCCAACGGCGGGUUCAAGGCGUUCUUCCCCGGCUUUGGUCCUGCCCUGGCCCGUGCGGUCCCAGCCAACGCAGCGACUUUUGCUGGUGUGGAAUUGGCUCACAACCUCAUGAAGAAGUACUUUGACUAGACAACGUGUGACAGAUCCUGGUGAUCUACACGACAAUCUUCAUGACAUUUUUUUGGCUACAAAUUCGAGCUGCUUCUGGACGUUGG